CAUGUUGAUUUUAAAAAAUGUCAGCUGUUGCACAAACCGUGCAUUAAUAGGACAGUUUUCUAUGGCAGCAAUAAGGAACAUUUAGUGUUGCUGAAAAUCUUUGAUAAAAUAUCAGCUUACUAUAGUAGAAAUAAUUUGUAGAAAUCAUGCAGGUGGACCUUUUGUAAAAGGAAGUGUUUUUAUUUCCUCCACAAAGCUUUAAAACCAGAUAAAAUGUUGGGUAAAUCACAAUUACUUUCAUUUAACAUUAAAUAUGACCAUUUUACUUGGUGACGUUCAAGAAAAAAAAACCAAAUCUGAUUUUUGCUGCUACAAAAAGUUUACCAAUAAAGGGAUUUUCAAAUGCAUGCACAACAAAACCCACUUGGUUUCACAAUAAUAAACAAUUUACAAAAAAUUUUGUUGUUUUUAAAUAAAAAUCAAAUGACUUGGUUUUCUUUGAAUGUUGGAUCUUUAGCUUUUUUUGGUUCAUGGUAAAAAAGUUAAUUGGGUCUAAAUUGAUGCCAGUUCAGUUAGAUAAAUGAUGCAAGUUUUAUUUUUUUUGGAUUUCACUUUAAAUUAAAAGCUUUCAACAUGCUGAAAAUCAUGCAAAAAAAAAAGUACAGGAAAUUAAAUAUCUGCUUAAACACAUCAUUUACAAUAACAGUUAUCCAGUUUGAUCUUUCUUUGAAUAUAAAUAUAAAAGUGCAGAAAGGUGCAAACACCAUGCUGUAUUAGUCAUGUGUUUAAGUCAUAAAUGUUUCUGCUGAGAGUAAAUUUAGCAACAGGUGUCACAUCUCCUUUACGCUGCCAGAGCUGCAGCCACACAAACAGUUCAGUCCGGUCUGACUCUUUAAUGGCGCUGGGUGAAUCCAUGAAUGUUUUUUUCUUUAACAUGUUGUACUGGAAAGGCUGAGAAUCUGCUCUGUCGCUGCAGGGAGCCAUGUUGGUUUAAAGCUCUGCUUUCAUUCGCCUGUUUUUUUCUCAAACCUUCAACAGCUUUAAAUCUGAUGCAGCAGUUCGGCUGAGCAAAACAAGACUGGCGGUUUGUUUUCCUUUGGAUGCAAUGAAUCCUAGUGGAUAUGUGUUGGAGGAAGAGGAUGAUGAGGAAGAUGCAACGGUUCAGUACAUGAUUGAGCAGAGUCUGCUGGAGAGCAGCAAGCAGAGGGAAUCCCGCAGAGCGUCGUCAGCAGGAAACGAGCCGAGCGCCGAUUCAGGAUCUUCCAACAUCUCCAAGAUCUUCUCUGCUAUAAAACAAGGAAACGAGAAGCUGCUGAAGGAUUUUUCUGUCCGGCUUAAAGACGAGUUUCUGCGAAGCGACAGCCGAGGCUGGACGCCUCUCCAUGAGGCGGCAACUCAGAGCAACCAGGCCGUCCUGGAGAUCACAUGCACAGCUUCAGGUCCGGACUCUCUGGAGGGCCGGACUCUUCGGGGCCAGACGCCCCUCUUCCUGGCGGUGGAAGGCGGUCUGGUGGAAAACGCCUCGUUCCUCCUGGAGCGCGGCGCUCAGCCGGACUGCCAGGACCAGGACCAGGACGCCCCGCUGUUUGUAGCCAUCCGUUCGGACCGAACCGACCUGGCGAAGCUGCUGCUCCUCCGUGGCUCCAGUGUGAACCAGGCGGGCUGCCACGGCCGCCGGCCGCUCCACGAAGCCUCGCGGGCGGGCAACGUGGAGCUGGUGCAGCUGCUGCUGGAGGCCGGGGCGCGGCCGGACCCACGCAGCAACUACGGCUUCACGCCGCUGGCGCUGGCUGCGCAGGGAGGACACCUGGAGGUGGUGGAGCUGCUGCUGGGGAAAGGAGCAGACAUUUUCUCUCAGGCGCACGAUGAGGCGUCCGUCUUAUACGAAGCGUCUGCUUCAGGGAACGCGGCCGUCGUCCGUCUGCUGCUGGAUCACGGAGCCGACGCCAACGUGUCCAAUCACAGCGGCCAUCUGCCGAUCCACCGAGCCUCACACAGAGGACACCUGCAGUCACUGAAGCUGCUGCUGCCCGUCACCAACCUGGGAGAUGUGAACGACAGCGGGAUCAGCCCUCUUCAUUCAGCGGCUGCAGAGGCGCACACACACUGCAUCCAGGCCUUGCUGGAUGCGGGUUACGACCCCAACUUCAUGCUCCACCCCUGGAUCCGGCGGAGCUACGACGACGAGAGGAAGUCCGCUCUCUUCUUUGCUGUUUCCAAUAACGACAUGGCGUCGGUGAAGCUGCUGCUGGAGGCCGGAGCCAUGCCCAACCAAGACCCGGUCAAAUGUCUGCAGGUUGCACUCCGUCUGGGCAACUACGACCUGAUCAACUUGUUGCUGCGUUACGGCGCUAACGUCAACUACUACUCCAAAAUAAACACGACCCAUUUCCCCUCGGCGCUGCAGUACGCGCUCAAAGACCAGGUCAUUCUCAGGAUGCUGUGUAACUAUGGUUACGACGUGGAGCGCUGCUUCGACUGUCCCUAUGGCAACAGCUCCCACAUUCCUGAGGACUACGAGGGAUGGACCUGCUCUGUGAUCAAAGAUACUUUGUUCUGUGAGGUCAUCACCGUCUAUUGGCUGAAAGACCUGUCGGGUCACGUGGUUCGAGUGCUGCUGGACUACGUGGAUCACGUGAUGCUGUGUUCCAAAUUGAAGGCGGUUCUGAUGGAGCAGAACCAGUGGACAGACAUCUGCAGACUACAAGAAAACCCCAGGUACCUGCAGCAUCUCUGUCGCCUGCGGAUCCGUCGUUGUCUCGGCCGCCUCCGUCUACGGUCGCCCGUCUUCAUGAGCUUCGUGCCGCUGCCGGAGCGGCUGAAGGACUACAUCCUGUAUCGGGAAUACGACCUGCUGGGCCGGCAGAGGGGCGGCCCGGGCUGAGGGGAGACGGCAACCAGAACCGGUUAAGAAACAAUAAAGUUAUGGUACAUCUGUUUGUUUUUCUUUUGAUUUCAUCAUUUGUCAUCAUUUAUUUCAUUUUUAACUGACCUUAUUUAAUAGACGAACAAAAUACAAUGCAUACCUGAUUAAAAAUUAUGCAACGAAUAAAGAUCUUAGAAGUGUGGCGUGCA